UUGUGGAUAACAUUUAACCCACUCAUUACACAUACAGAAUGACCGAAUCCUAAUGGCGGUGUGUGCGCGCACAGCGCCCCCUGUGGCCGCCCGGAGAACAUCUUCCGCUGCUCGUCGUCAGUGUUUGGCUUAUUAUUAGCUCGUUCUCUAUGCUCUACCUGCGGCCGGUGGAAGAGGAUGAAUCUGCUGUUGAGAGUCUGGAGCUGAACCGAGCUGUGGCUGACGAUGACCAUUUACUGUUGGCUGAGCUACUGUCACAAGAACGCUACAGGAAGUGCAUUAAUCAGCAGAGUGGUUGGGGUAUCCCAGGUACCCCGUUACGCAUGGCUGCGUCCAAAGGUACAUGUGUCACCCUUGCAUGCGCACUCUGAUGUCACAUCUGAGUUUGUUGGACACCAAGACGCAGCUUUUUUCCCCCCUGCAGGUCACCUGAGAUGCCUGCAGUUGCUCCUGGCCCAUGGGGCAGAUGUGGAUCCCCUUGAUGUGAAAGCCCAGACUCCUCUUUUCACUGCCGUGUGCGGGCGUUACUUGAGCUGUGUGCUAGCCCUGCUCCGUGCUGGGGCUAAUCCGAACGGAAGUCACCUGAACAACAGCUCGCCCGUGCUCACCGCCGCCCGAGAGGGCGACCCAGAGAUCCUUCGCCAGCUGCUUCAGCACGGGGCAGAGGUCAACGCCAGGUCAAAGGUGACGCUGUGGGCAUCGGGGGUUGCCGUGUGUAGUGGCCCGCUUUACCUGUCAGCUAUAUAUGGACACCUGGACUGCUUCAAAAUGUUGCUGUUAUUCGGGGCGGAUCCGAACUAUAACAGCCCAGAAGAGAAGGUGAUCGGCAGGGCCACGCAGCAGAAGACGGUCUUGGAAUUGUGUUUGAGACACGGCUGUGGAGUCGAAUACAUUCAACUGCUCAUUGACUUUGGGGCAAAUGUCUACCUGCCGACCCUCAUUAUAGAGAAGAGCACCAAACAGAAUGAAGCUGUUGAGCUGUUGCUGAAAGAGCGAGGGUGUCCAAAGACUCUGGCAUCUCAGUGUAGGUUAGCCAUUCGUAGACACCUGAUACAGGUGAACAAGAUUAACUCUUUGGACUCUCUGGAGAUUCCACCCAGGCUCAUCAACUAUCUCAAACACAAGUCUAUGAGCAGUGCAUUAGUUUACUGACAAACCAGAGCAUAUUCAACUGUGCCUUACUAAAGGACAGACUCGAUCAUUCACACAUAGACUGGACAGGCAGACCAUACAGACAUCUAGGAGGAAGGAAACAGACAGAGGGUCUGUACUAAUGACAUGGACUCGUUCGUAUGCAAUCUCACAGACAGACCGAUACACUGCUAACAACCUCAGUUUACAUAUAUGGCGUGUGUUAAACUUGAACAUCCUCAUACAUUAAUUUGCUUGAUAGUCAUUUAAAAUUGUAAUGUGUAAUAUUACUGUAUGUAAUAUUACCAGAAGUGUUGUCUAGUAGAGUUAAUGCUCUAGAACUAUGCGUUGUCAUACAGCCUUGUUAUCUCUUUCCAUUUUCCAUAGUAAAUUAGGCUGUUGUAAAAAUGAUUUUUACUGAAUAAUUAGUGUUUUGUUAAAGAGUUACAGCUUGAUAAAGGAUGUAAAAUUGUUGUUAACUGUCUUAUAAAUCUUAAUAUGACAUAUAAAAUCCAUUGUGAUGUACUUGUGUCUGUGAAUCCCUUGUUUAGAGCAGAUGCACGCUUCCGACAGAUGUCGUAUAACCUCCAGGGUGUGCAGGUGCCAGGUAGAGUGUAAUGGAGAUAAUUCUGUUCAGAACAUUAGUUCCAGAGUCUUCAUAAGUAUUUAUGACACAUGUAUUGAAGUAUGUUGCUUGAGGAUUUCACUUGAGGAUCAAAACGUGUAUCAGUUUAUGCUAAUGGAACAUACAUAUGGGCUUCUGCAAGUGUAUUUUGACAUUAUUAUGCAAUGGAUGACAGCUGGCUUGUUAGUUUGUUCAUAAAAUUGAAGUGCUGAACAUCAGAA